CAAACUAUUCUAAUGCAGAAUAGAAUUUUUGAUAUCUAUAUACCUGCCAUUAGUGGAAUCAUUAUGCUCAUUUUACUAACUAUUAGGUUUGUUUAACUCAAAAAUACGGGCCAUCAUUAAUACAGAUAAUAUAAUGCUACCUUAAAAAUUAGAGUGUUUUUACUAAUUCUAUGUGUUCUAUUAACAUUAACCUAUAACUUUGUUUCUAUUUUGAAUCCAAAAUUCUAUUUAUAUAAAUCAGACUAUUCUUAAAUAUUUAUGUUUAUGUGUAUAGUCUAUUCAACUCAAGUAGCUGGCAUUUUACAUGAGUAUAAUAAGAAUGUCCCUAUUAUGUUCACUCACAAAAUAUUUUGGAUUAUUUGCCUAAUAACUAAUAUAAUUUAGGCUAUAUUGAAUGGAUUGAAUCAAUUGGAGUACGAUAUUUUGAGCAAUGUAGUGUUGUAUUUGAUAAUUGUUGAUCAAUUCAGUCUCAACAUUUUUAGUUUUUUUAUCAGAAAAUAGGACAAGAUUGAAUUCGAAGGCAUCUCUGGACUUGGUAUGACUGUACCGGAUUACGAGGAUAGUAGACAAAAUAUGAUACCUAUAUAAAAUAGUUUUAUUGGAUUGUCAUCUACUUAGUCCUAAUUCAAAUGUACUAUUCAUUUUAGCAAAACUUGGAAAAUUGUAUAGCAAAAGGAUGGCCGGAUAGAUGCAGUUAUAACAUUAAAAAUAUUUCUAUCCAAUCCUAAUAAGCAUUACCAACUUAAAAAGACCAUCAAUGAUUUUGUCAUGCUUGAAAGUAAAUUGCAAUAGGAAGAUAAAUUUGGAUUUGAAAUUUAUAAAUUGCCAAAUGACUUUUUCCAACAUGGACCUGACACUAAUUAAAUGUUUAAUGAGAAAAUAACUCUGAUAAAGAUUUGGUUGAGACAAAUUAUUUCUAAAAUAGAGUAUUUGACUCCGAGCAUCUAUGACUUUUUAGAAUUCGAUGAUGCAACUCGGGUUUGUAUAAUUAAAGACCAGAGAAAUAAAAGCAACUCGCUUGAUCAGAGCAAUUGA